AUGGUGUCUACAGCAAACCUGGUGUAUCACGAUCUUUUCAUUUCGACAUACAAGUUUCGCGCCAAGCGGCCCGUGAUGAACCACGGCUAUCUUGAAGCGACCGACAGUCCAAAAUUCCGACUCGUCCGCAGCAGCGGUAUCUUUGCUGUGAAUAGACUAGAAAAGAGAACAAUCAUGGACGCGGCCGGCGAAAACCAAGAAGUUGACGUGGUCAUUCUUGCGAAUGGGCUCCAGGCGCAAGACCUUUUGGUUCCUGUGGAAGUCCGUGGACAGCAGGGCAGAGCCCUACAUGAGGAGUGGCAAAGCAGAGGUGACGCCGAAGUAUACAUGGAGGACGCAAGCAUCACGGCGAUGCCUACACUGGAGGCCGAGACACAGUUCAACGUGAGCAUCCAAGAGCGUCUCAAAGCACUCGUCUACGCCAUAAGAGUAAGGGCUUGGUACGUCAACAGCUCAAUCGGCAAGAACACAUUGAUUUGGCCCGGCACACUGGCCUGA